AUGGCUACGCCCGAAAACCCGGCGAACAUCCAAUACCAGGACCUCCACCCGAGCGUGUCAGCCAUGUAUGAGGAUGCGAUGACCAAACUAGAGGUUGAGGAGGACCUCUGCAGACCCAUAGAUUUGGAAGACGCGGGCGCGUUGGUGGAGGAAAUAGAUAUCCUGACGCAUACAGAGUUAGGAAAAUCUCGUCACAAAGCCAGCGCAUGCGGAGGCCUUUAG